AGCUUUCUCCUAUCUCCCAGCCUUAUGGAGAUGUUUGUCCCAUGGGACACUUCUGCCCUCUGGGUAGUGGGUCACCAAAACCCUGUCCUGUUGGCAGCUUCCUCCCAGAGCCUGGAGCUUCCUCCCCGUCUCACUGCCACCCUUGCCCCCCAGGGAAAUACUGCGUCAGUCCUGGAGCCUCGCAGCCCACAGGUCUGUGUUCUGCAGGUUUCUUCUGCUCCGGAGGUGCACAAAGCCCCAAACCUCGGGCCAACUCGUCUUUGUUCAGCUGUCUGCAUGAAAUACUGGAGGCUUUUGCCAUGAGGACAGACACGGCCUUCUGGAUGCACAAUCUGUCCUUCUUCAGUAACUCCACUGAUUCCGAAAGGGGAGUUUCGCGGAUGGAGGUGGAAACGGCGCCGCAGGCAGACUCUGACCAUAUUGUGACUCACCCACCGCCGUGUCUCCAGAGUCCACAUUACUCGUGUUCCACCUACAGAGGGGAUGUAUGCCCUAGAGGUUUCUUUUGUCCUUUGGGUUCUGCCUACCCCCAGCCCUGUGAGGCUGGCUCGUAUUGUAAUCAGACGGGUCUAGAUGCCCCGACAGGUUCUUGUGCUGCAGGAUAUUACUGCCCCAAAGGCUCUUUUAACCCCCGUGCCACCCUGUGCCCCACCGGCCACUACUGCCCCCUCGGAGCUCCUCUUCCUCUGCCCUGCCCUCUAGGAACCUUAAAAAGUUCCCGUGCUGGAUCUACAGUUGAGGCUUGCCAGCUGUGUCCUCCAGGUCACUACUGCCACCAGAGCGGCAGGGCGGAGCCCAGUGGUCAGUGUGUGGAGGGCUAUUACUGUCCGGAGGGACAGAGCUCUGAGAGCCCACAACAACACAUCUGCCCAGCGGGACAUUCUUGUGAGAAGGGAAGUGUCAGUCAGAGCGCCUGUCCUCCGGGCAGCUACCAGCUCAGACAAGGCCAGGGCAGCUGCCAGACAUGCCCCGCUGGUUUCUACUGUCACCAUCAAGGAAUGACGCGUCCACUUCUGUGUGAGGGAGGAUUUUAUUGUCCCAGUGGAUCAGCAGAUCAGCGUCCUUGCCCAGCAGGGACCUAUGGAAACAUGUCGGGGCUGGUUGAAGAAGGACAGUGCUCCCCGUGUGACCCUGGGAUGUUCUGUAGAGAAGCAGGGAGGAGUUUCCCCAGUGGGCUGUGUGCUGCAGGGUUUGUAUGUGCUGGAAAAGCCUCAGAAGCUUCGCCGUCUGAUGGUCUGACUGGAUUUCCAUGUCCUGCUGGUUUCUACUGCUCUGUGGGGACCUCUGUACCAAAACCAUGUCCAAAGGGAACAUUCAGUGAGCAGAGUGGACUUGUAGAUGAGUCUCAGUGCCGUAGCUGCAGCCCUGGCUUCUACUGUUCAGAGACCGGCCUCGCUGCAGUCUCUGGACCUUGUCUGCCAGGUUUCUACUGUCUGGAGGGAUCCCACACUGCGGCUCCAAUGUCAAAUAUCUCUGGGAGUGUUUGUCCAGCGGGCCACUUCUGCACAGAGGGCAGCAGUGUCCCCUCCCCCUGCCCACGUGGCUCCCACCAAAAUGAGACGGGAGGAAAAAGUAAAGAUGACUGCAAACCAUGUCCUCUCGGUAAACAAGAAGUUAUACCGUGUGAACUUAACUCUGCAAAACUGGCUUUACUAGGUGCUUGUACAAAUCCCCUUGCCCUCUCGGAAAAUCUUCUCUCUGUUUGAGUGUCUUUACCAGGCUGGUUCCAGGAUUUAUCAGGCCAGAGAGAGUGUGAUCCCUGUCCUCACGGGUUCAACUGCCCGAGUCACAGCUCCACCAGUGGCAGUCCCCUGCUCUGCCCAGCCGGCUACGUCUGUCCCGGGGAGAGUUCAGACAGUCUUCCUGUCCCCUGCCCCAAAGGCACCUACAGCCCCAACCAGGGUCUCACCACCACAGGUGAGUGCCUGGUGUGUCCAGCCGGUCAGUUCUGUGGCUCUGAAGGGUUGGUUGAGCCCUCUGGGUCCUGUGCUCCUGGCUUCCUUUGUCUGAUGGGAGCCACGGUGCCGAAUCCGACUGACAACAGAACUGGAUCUCUCUGUCCACCUGGGAUUUUCUGCCAAAAGGGGCAAAGAGCAGGUGAUUGCUUGGCUGGGUUUUAUUGCGACUGGGGCUCCAGCAGAGCCGACAAGGCCCCGUGCCCGGCUGGUUUCUUCUGCCCCAGCGGAGCACCACUCCCCAUGCC